AUGUUGACCAGAGCGGUGAAAUCACCAGACUUCACAAGCCAAGUCCGCGGUCCAACUUCUCAUUACAACGCCGCACAUGAGGAAAACCAAUACCUAGACCUGAUCCGCAAGAUUCUUGCCGAAGGAGAGGAGCGGAAAAGGGAAGGGGUGGCUACUCCUACUCGCUCGAUCUUCGCACCUCCUCAGCUACGAUUCUUGCUCUCCAAACCCGCUGCAACGCCUGGCUCGGAUCCAAUUCAUAUCUUGCCCAUUGUUACCACCAAACGUGUCUUCCUGCGGGCUGUCAUAUCCGAAAUUCUCUGGUUUAUCUCCGGAGGUACCUCUUGCAUCCCGAUCUCCAAAGCAGGAAUUAGGAUCUGGGAUGCAAAUGGAACCCGCGAGUUCCUGGAUAAUGCUGGGCUCGGGAAUCAUGAAGUCGGCGAUCUUGGCCCAGUGUAUGGGUUUCAAUGGCGGCAUUUUGGGGCCAAGUAUGUUGAUGCAAACGCGGAUUAUAAAGAUCAGGGCGUCGACCAGCUCGCCGAAGUUGUACGCAAACUCAAGGAAGCGCCGUUUGAUAUACGUAUCAUCCUGAGUGCAUGGAACCCUGCUGAUCUGAAGAAAAUGGCUUCGCGGCCUUGUCAUACGCUUGCGCAGUUUUUUGUCUCCUAUCCGAAUGGAUUAGAGGAGAAGGGGAGUCUGUCAUGUCAGCUCUACCAGGCAGCUUGUGAUAUGGGCCUUGGGUGGCCAUUUAAUAUUACGUCCUAUGCGAUAUUAACGCACAUCUUGGCGCAUGCGACAGACUUACAUCCUGGAAGCUUGAUCCACACCAUGGGUGAUGCGCAUGUCUACGAGAAUCACGUUGAUGCGUUGAAUGAACAGCUCACGCGGGAGCCUACUGAGUUUCCACAACUGCGGAUUAAGCGAAAAGAUCGUGGUAGUGGAGUUGUGGAUGGCUGGAAGGACGAGGAUUUUGAAGUUAUUGGAUAUCAGCCUCACAAGGCUAUAAGCAUGACCAAGAGUCCUUGA